AUGAUUCGGCAAACUUGUCUAAUCCUGUCCCUCGCCCUCCUCCUCUCCAUCGUUUGGACUUUUCCUCAACAGCCCAAGUCAAGGAGGCCGAUCCCUCAGUUCAAGAACAAGACCGGGGGCCUGGAACUUCCCGACAACGCCACAUUGAUCAGGGAGAAUAUAGUCGACAAUUUCUCAUGUCAGGACAGAAUUUACGGAUAUUACGCCGAUAUGGAGAACGAUUGUCAGAUUUUCCACGUUUGCAUGCCACAGAUCAGGGGUUCGACCAGAUGGAGCUUCAUCUGCCCAGCGGAGACGGUGUUCAAUCAAGCGACGUUCGUUUGCACGAAAACGGAAAACUCGAUACCAUGCGAGGAAUCUGAGAAAUUCUACAACUUGAACGAGGCGAUUGGCAAGGAGGUAGAGGAAGAGGAAAACGACGUGGAGGAGCGGCCUACGAAGGAAUCGGACGCGGAACCGAUUUCGAGCAGACCUCCGGCCAGGACAUCGAGGAUCUCGAAUCCGAAGAAAAUAUCACGGGAUCAGUGA